CCGGAAAAUGGCCGCCGGGUGUGGUGCGGGCAGAGCGCUGGGAGCCGUGCUCUCUCGGUGUCGCCUCCUCUGACGAGGUCUGCGGCGCGGCGAGCCGGUUCUGCCGAGCCGAGGAUCGGCUGUGACACGGUGAAAUAAAGUCGGCUGUAGAUUUCUGUGAAAAUGUCGGUUCUAAUAUCACAGAGUGUGAUAAAUUAUGUGGAAGAAGAAAAUAUUCCUGCUCUGAAAGCUCUUCUUGAGAAGUGCAAAGAUGUGGAUGAGAGAAAUGAGUGUGGCCAGACACCGCUGAUGAUAGCUGCUGAACAGGGCAAUGUGGAAAUAGUGAAAGAGCUGAUUAAGAAUGGAGCCAACUGCAACCUGGAAGACCUGGAUAACUGGACAGCUCUUAUAUCUGCAUCUAAAGAGGGCCACAUCCACAUUGUGGAGGAGCUGCUUAAGUGUGGGGCCAAUCUGGAGCACCGUGACAUGGGGGGAUGGACAGCUCUCAUGUGGGCGUGCUACAAAGGCAGGACUGAUGUUGUCCAGUUGCUUCUUUCUCACGGUGCCAACCCAAGUGUCACUGGUUUGCAGUACAGUGUCUACCCAAUCAUUUGGGCAGCAGGCAGAGGCCAUGCUGACAUAGUGCAUCUCCUGCUGCAGAAUGGCGCCAAAGUCAAUUGUUCUGACAAGUAUGGAACAACCCCUUUGGUGUGGGCUGCCCGAAAGGGUCAUUUGGAGUGUGUGAAACAUUUGUUAGCCAUGGGAGCUGAUGUUGAUCAAGAAGGAGCUAAUUCGAUGACUGCACUUAUUGUGGCAGUGAAAGGCGGUUACACACAGUCAGUGAAAGAGAUUUUGAAGAGGAAUCCGAAUGUGAACCUGACUGAUAAGGAUGGAAAUACAGCUUUGAUGAUUGCAUCAAAGGAGGGACACAUAGAGAUUGUACAGGACCUGCUGGACGCUGGGACAUAUGUGAACAUACCUGACCGGAGUGGGGAUACUGUAUUGAUUGGCGCUGUUAGAGGUGGUCAUGUUGAAAUUGUUCGAGCACUUCUCCAAAAAUAUGCUGACAUAGACAUCAGAGGGCAGGACAAUAAGACUGCAUUGUACUGGGCUGUUGAGAAGGGAAAUGCGACAAUGGUGAGAGAUAUUCUGCAGUGCAACCCUGACACUGAGAUAUGCACGAAGGAUGGCGAGACACCUCUGAUAAAGGCCACCAAGAUGAGGAAUAUUGAAGUGGUGGAGCUGCUGCUGGAUAAGGGAGCUAAGGUGUCUGCCGUGGACAAGAAAGGUGACACACCCCUGCAUGUUGCUAUCCGAGGGAGGAGCCGGAGACUGGCAGAACUUCUUUUACGGAACCCCAAAGAUGGGCGGCUACUUUACAGGCCCAACAAAGCAGGCGAGACUCCCUACAACAUAGACUGCAGCCACCAGAAAAGCAUUUUAACUCAAAUAUUUGGAGCCAGACACUUGUCUCCUACGGAAACAGACGGUGACAUGCUUGGUUAUGAUUUGUAUAGCAGCGCCCUGGCAGAUAUUCUCAGUGAGCCUACCAUGCAGCCACCCAUUUGUGUGGGGUUGUAUGCACAGUGGGGAAGUGGGAAGUCUUUCUUACUCAAGAAACUAGAAGAUGAAAUGAAGACUUUUGCAGGACAGCAGAUCGAGCCCCUUUUCCAGUUCUCGUGGCUCAUAGUGUUCCUCACCUUGAUGCUGUGUGGGGGAGUGGGCCUAGUGUUUGCUUUUACAGUUGAUACAAAUCUCGCCAUAGCAGUUUCGUUGAGUUUCCUGGCUCUCUUAUAUAUAUUCUUCAUCGUUAUUUACUUUGGUGGACGGCGGGAAGGAGAGAGCUGGAACUGGGCCUGGGCCCUCAGUACCAGACUGGCAAGACACAUUGGCUACCUGGAACUCCUCUUCAGACUGAUGUUUGUGAACCCACCUGAGCUGCCAGAGCAAACUACAAAGGCUUUGCCUGUAAGGUUUUUGUUUACCGACUACAACAGACUCUCCAGUGUAGGUGGAGAGACCUCCUUGGCUGAAAUGAUCGCGACACUCUCAGAUGCUUGUGAGAGAGAGUUCGGCUUUUUGGCUACCAGGCUUUUUCGAGUAUUCAAGACUGAAGAUACUCAGGGUAAAAAGAAAUGGAAAAAAACAUGCUGUCUCCCGUCAUUUAUCAUCUUUCUUUUCAUCGUGGGCUGCAUUAUUGCUGGAAUUACUCUUCUGGCUAUAUUCAGAAUUGACCCCAAACAUCUGACAGUGAAUGCUGUCCUCAUAUCAAUUGCAUCUGUUGUGGGGUUGGCCUUCGUGCUGAACUGCCGGACAUGGUGGCAAGUGCUGGACUCUCUCCUGAAUUCUCAGCGAAAACGCCUCCACAGUGCUGCCUCCAAACUACAUAAAUUGAAAAGUGAAGGGUUCAUGAAAGUCCUGAAGUGUGAAGUGGAGUUGAUGGCCAGGAUGGCAAAAACCAUCGACAGCUUCACUCAGAAUCAGACAAGGCUGGUGGUCAUCAUCGAUGGUCUGGAUGCCUGCGAACAGGACAAGGUCCUUCAGAUGCUGGACACUGUCCGAGUUCUGUUUUCAAAAGGCCCCUUUAUUGCCAUUUUUGCAAGUGAUCCACAUAUUAUUAUAAAGGCCAUCAACCAGAACCUGAACAGUGUGCUUCGUGAUUCAAAUAUAAAUGGACAUGACUAUAUGCGCAAUAUAGUUCAUCUACCAGUUUUUCUUAAUAGUCGAGGGCUUAGCAAUGCAAGAAAAUUUCUUGUAACUUCAGCAACAAAUGGGGACAUUUCAUGCCCAGAUACCACAGGGGUGCAAGACGAUGCUGACAGAAGAGUCUCACAGAACAGCCUUGGGGAGAUGACAAAGCUUGGGAGCAAAACAGCUCUCAACAGAAGGGAUACUUACCGCAGAAGACAGAUGCAGAGGACCAUCACCCGGCAGAUGUCCUUCGAUCUCACGAAGCUGCUCGUUACGGAGGAUUGGUUCAGUGACAUCAGUCCUCAGACCAUGAGACGAUUACUCAAUAUUGUUUCUGUGACAGGGCGGUUACUAAGAGCCAAUCAGAUUACUUUCAACUGGGACAGGCUAGCCAGCUGGAUCAACCUUACUGAGCAGUGGCCCUACCGGACGUCGUGGCUCAUACUGUAUCUGGAAGAGACUGAAGGUGUCCCUGAUCAGAUGACAUUAAAGACCAUCUAUGAGAGAAUAUCAAAGAAUAUUCCAACAACUAAAGAUGUUGAGCCACUGCUUGAAAUUGAUGGGGAUAUAAGAAAUUUUGAAGUGUUUCUGUCUUCAAGGACCCCAGUUCUUGUGGCUCGCGACGUAAAGACUUUUUUGCCUUGCACUGUCAACCUGGAUCCCAAACUACGGGAGAUCAUUGCAGAUGUUCGAGCUGCAAGAGAGCAGAUCAACAUAGGAGGCCUUGCGUACCCCCCUCUUCCUCUGCAUGAAGCCCCUCCUCGGCCACCUUCUGGGUACAGUCAGCCUGCAUCUGUCUGCUCUUCCUCAGCAUCCUUCAACGGGCCAUUCCCAAGCGGGGUCGUGUCCCCUCAACCCCACAGCAGCUAUUACAGUGGCAUGUCCGGCCCCCAGCACCCCUUCUACAACAGGCCAUUCUUUGCCCCAUACCUUUACACGCCAAGGUAUUACCCUGGCGGCUCCCAACAUCUCACCUCACGCUCAUCCGUAAAAACGAAUUUGCCCAGAGAUCAGAACAAUGGCCUACCGUGUGACUCUGGGUUUAACAGACAGAGACAGGGGUCAGCCUCCUCCACAGGCACAGGGCUGCUGCUGAGUUCCAUGACCGUGGAUAUCGUUUCUGAAAAGUUGAGGCAAAUAGAAGGGCUGGACCAGACCAUGUUGUCUCAGUAUUGCGCAACAAUCAAAAAGGCAAACAUAAAUGGCCGGGUAUUGGCUCAGUGCAGUGUUGACGAGCUGAAGAAAGAGAUGAAUAUGAACUUUGGAGACUGGCAUCUUUUCAGAAGCAUGGUCUUGGAAAUGAGGAGUAUGGAAAACCAGGUAGUCCCUGAAGACCCACGCUUUCUCAAUGAGAACUCCAGCGCCCCAGUUCCUCAUGGGGAGUCUGCUCGCCGUGCUUCUCACAGUGAACUGCCUCACACGGAGCUUUCCAGCCAGACUCCCUACACCCUGAACUUCAGCUUUGAAGAACUGAACACACUUGGCCUAGAAGAGGGAGCCCCACGGCAUAGUAAUCUGAGUUGGCAGUCACAAACUCGCAGAACCCCAAGUCUCUCGAGUCUGAAUUCCCAGGACUCCAGUAUUGAAAUUUCAAAGCUUACUGAUAAGGUGCAGGCCGAAUAUAGAGAUGCCUAUAGAGAGUACAUUGCCCAGAUGGCCCAGUUAGAAGGGGGCACAGGGUCGUCAACAAUAAGUGGCAGAUCUUCUCCACACAGCACAUACUAUAUAGGUCAGAGUUCUUCAGGGGGCUCCAUUCAUUCUAAUCUAGAGCAAGAAAGGGGGAAGGAGAGUGAGCUAAAGCAGGAUGAUGGGCGGAAGUCAUUCUUAAUGAAGAGGGGGGAUGUCAUAGAUUACUCCUCUUCAGGGGUAUCCACUAAUGAUGCCUCACCCCUGGACCCUAUUACUGAAGAAGAUGAAAAAUCUGACCAGUCAGGUAGUAAGCUUCUCCCAGGCAAGAAAUCCUCAGAAAGGCCCAGUCUCUUCCAGACAGACUUGAAGCUUAAGGGAGGUGGUCUGCGCUACCAGAAACUGCCCAGUGAUGAGGAUGAAUCUGGUACCGAAGAGUCAGAUAAUACCCCACUGCUUAAAGAUGGUAAGGAGAAAAAGGCUGAAGGCAAAGCAGAGAGAACAUCCAAGUCUCCAGAACACAGUGCUGAGCCAAUCAGAACAUUCAUUAAAGCAAAAGAAUAUUUGUCAGAUGCUCUCCUUGACAAAAAAGAUUCCUCAGAUUCGGGAGUGAGGUCAAACGAGAGCUCUCCCAACCACUCCCUUCACAAUGAAGCCGCAGACGACUCCCAGCUGGAAAAGGCAAAUCUCAUAGAGCUUGAAGAUGAUGGCCACAGCGGGAAGCGUGGGAUGCCACACAGUCUGAGUGGCCUGCAAGAUCCAAUUAUAGCUCGGAUGUCCAUUUGCUCGGAAGACAAGAAAAGCCCUUCUGAGUGUAGCCUGAUUGCUAGCAGCCCUGAAGAAAGCUGGCCCGCAUGCCAGAAGGCCUACAAUCUGAACCGAACACCCAGUACUGUUACUCUCAACAACAAUACCGCGCCAGCCAACAGAGCCAACCAGAACUUUGAUGAGAUGGAGGGAAUCAGGGAAACUCCUCAGGUCAUUUUGAGGCCUGGGCCCAGCCCCAACCCAACUGCUGUUCAGAAUGAAAAUCUGAAGAGCAUGACGCACAAACGAAGCCAGCGUUCCAGUUACACCAGGCUCUCGAAAGAUGCAUCUGAGCUGCACGCAGCUGCCUCGGAGAGCACGGGCUUUGGAGAAGAGAGAGAAAGCAUUCUCUAAGCAAAAGAGAAGUGAAGUAGCCUUGUCCUGCCCUAAGGACAAGACUGUCAUGAACUUUGAAUGGAUUCAUUACCAUUACUCAUCAUGUUUAUCAUCACAGAUAAUGGAGGUGGUCAGGCACGUGGGGAAGCAGAGGGAAGCCUGAGACAGCAUGGCCACCAGUCAUCUCCAUUUUCGCCUGCAUCAUGGGCAGUUUGCAGUCUCACCACCAUCAUGCCCUUUCCUGGCACACAACCGCACAGAUCAGUGAGAAACAGGCUGAAUAUAAAAAUAGGUCAGACGUGCAUUUAAAGCUGAAAGGCUUAAAUCACAAGGAAGAAAACCUAGAAAUCUCCUUUAUAAAAUAUUCAUGAAACAUUUGAGGGAAGAUAUAGUGUUAGAUGAAGCAGAAACCAAUUUUGCUGUUAGAAUUUAAUCUUUGGUACAGAUUUAUAGGUUUUAGAGUAGAGACCAGAGACUAAAAGUGAAUGCCUAGCAAAUGGAUAGCCAGUAUACUAUGUAAGACUCAUUGCUUUUUAAAGAGGUCUUAGAAUUUAAGUAGAAAAUAUAUACUGAAGAAGGUGAUAAAAACUGAUAAGAAAGUGAGUCAGCAGAACCCAAAGCACUGUGCCUGGGCCAUGAUGAGUCCUUAGCAGAGGAGGUGGGAGAGGGCAAUGUAUUCUGGGAUGCUCUCUCCAGACCUAGCCCAGGCUUCCAACACCUGUGCCCUCAAAACCAUCCUGGGCUAUUCUGCAAUUCCUGAAUUAUGCAUCUAACCUAACCCAGCUUAGCUCAUGGCUAAGAAAAAAUACAAUAUAUAUAUAUUAUAUAUAUAUAUAUAUAUAUAUAUAAUUAGUGGUUCUGGUGAUUAAACCUGGGAGUUCACAGAUGCUAGUAAAGAAUGGCUGAGCUACAUCCCAGGCCUAAGCAGGAGCCCUUUCCGAAAGAGUCAGGAAGACAAGGGUGUAGAUUGUUACUGAAUGACUGUGUCAGGAAAUUGUUACAUUAAAAGAGUGAUAGUGCUUCUAGACAAAGCAGUGAGCAAAUAGUGAAUUUGGUGAAAGUGAGGCACUGCCUUCUGUGCUGCAGCAGGCUGUGUCACAUAUCUUCCUAAGUCAGCUCUGUAAAACUGCAGUGUGCUCUAAAGAAGAGCUUAGACGCCACAACAGAGCAAGAACAAAGACAGCCAGUGUGGCCAUGACGCAACACUUGCCAUUAUUCUUAGCAAAGCUAGAAUGAGCACACACAUUUAAGUGUCAUGUAGGCUAGAAGUGUGCCUGUCAUCAUCAUGCAUCAGAACUGUGUGUCACUUGGUCAGAGCUCAUUUACAGAGUCGGUUCUAGCAGUAUGUCCUGGGCCACAGGUAGGACUGUAGAUGGUGAGGCCACAGGCUUAGUGUUCGUGCAGAUGUCUAUCACUGACUGGACCUGUGUUGUUUACUUGACACUGUGCUGGUAGCUGCUCCAUGUUUCAGUGCCUGGCUGUUUGAGUGUAAUUGAGCAUUGUCAUGAAGUACAUAUGUUGCAUGAUCUCUAACAGGUAUUUUAAGCAUUAAAAACAGCACGAUGUUGCCGACAUUAUGCAUUUUACUACUUCUAAUGUUUAUUAGUUUGCUGUAUCAUGUAACUGGUACUUGAGAAGCAGUUUGGUUUCUCUCCAGGUGAGUGGUCACAGCUCACAGUCAUGGAAGUCCUUUAUUCACACUGUCUGUGAAGUCAUUACUGGAGUGCCAAGUGCACACGUAGACUAGGAACAAUAAAGAGUUGCAUGCCAUUCUGA